UGUUUAUAGCUCUACAUUUUUUUUUAUUUUUCUUCCUUUUCUUCGUCAGCCAUUGACUGAGCACGUUGUUUUUAUUUUGACGAUAUUUCGUAAGUUUUUCCCCUGCGAGUAAUAAAUCUAUUCAAUUUCAUGUUUGCUCCCUCGUGUUUUAAUAUACCCUGAUAAAAAAUGCGAAUUGAGACUUGUUAUUUCUGUUCGUGUCGAAUUUACCCUGGUCACGGUAUUCAGUUUGUGAGAAAUGAUUGCAAGGUGUUCAAAUUCUGUCGCUCCAGAUGUCACAAACUAUUUAAGCAAAAGAAGAACCCUCGUAAAACAAGGUGGACCAAAGCGUAUCGCAAAGCUCAUGGGAAAGAACUUACUGUAGACCCAGCCUUUGAAUUCGCCCAGAGGAGAAAUGUUCCUGUAAAGUAUGACAGAGAAUUAUGGCUAAAGACACUUGAAGCCAUGAAAAGAGUCGAAGAAAUUAAGCAAAAACGAUCUGACACUUUUGUCAUGCAAAGGCUAAGGAAAGGAAUAGAAGUUGAAAAGCUGAAAGACAUUCGUGAAGUUCAAAAGAAUUUGAACCUGAUCCGCUCACCUGCUGCAGGUCUUAAAGAAAGAGAAAAAUUAGAAGAAGCAAUUGUUGAGGAGAUACACGAGUCAGAAGAUGAAGAAAUGCUCGAAGCACACAUUAGCAUCUAACUACUUGCAAAGAAGAAAAUCUCUGCUUUCAAAAACUUAAAGAAAAGGCUUAUCAUCCAUCAGUGGGCGUUAUUUGUUAUUUCAUCAAAACUCCAUGAAAUAUUUCUGUUUUCAAAAAUAAUAAAUAGACUGGAAUUCAAUGGUUCGGCAUUUAUAAACUU